GCCUCUGCGCCGAAUCCUGGCCCCCCAACUUCUUGCAGCCGGUGAAGCAGGACCUCCGGGUCCUGGGGGUGGGGAGUGGGGGCUGCUGUCCUGCUCGGGCCUCUGCCGCCCUCUCCUGGGUAAGGUGAUACAUGGGCGCUUCCAGGUGGGUGGGCUGAGAGCUUGGGGGAGAGGACAGGGAUGUCCACCUCUCGAAGUUUCCAGGUUCAAGAAACCCCAGAACGUUAAAAAAAGAUGGGUUCCCGCAAUUGCCCAUCCCCAUCCUAUAGGCUGCACGCAUGUGGAAAGCCGGGCCAAGCGGGGCAGGGACUUACCCAAGGUCACGCAGCGAGCCCGGUCCCCCAGGGUUCCCCUGGGGAGCGCCGAGCAGGGGCGCGGCGGUGGGGUGGGGGCGGGGAGCGGCGCGGCCCUGCGGGGUGAGGCUGCCGUUUGCGGAGUGUCCGGCAGGGGUCUGCUCGCUGCCCGCCCGGUCCCUCUUCACAGCAGCUGCCGCAGCCUGAGGAUGGCCGAGGAGAUCAUCACACCGGUGUACUGCACCGGGGUGUCAGCCCAAGUGCAGAAGCAGAGGGCCAAGGAGCUGGGCCUGGGCCGCCAUGAGAAUGCCAUCAAGUACCUGGGCCAGGAUUAUGAGCAGCUGCGGGCGCGAUGCCUGCAGAGUGGGACCCUCUUCCGUGAUGAGGCCUUCCCCCCGGUGCCCCAGAGCCUGGGUUUCAAGGACCUGGGUCCCAAUUCCUCCAAGACCUAUGGCAUCAAGUGGAAGCGUCCCACGGAGCUGCUUUCAAACCCCCAGUUCAUCGUGGAUGGAGCCACCCGCACAGACAUCUGCCAGGGAGCACUGGGGGACUGCUGGCUCCUGGCGGCCAUUGCCUCCCUCACUCUUAACGACACCCUCCUGCACCGAGUGGUUCCACACGGCCAGAGCUUCCAGAAUGGCUAUGCCGGCAUCUUCCACUUCCAGCUGUGGCAAUUUGGGGAAUGGGUGGACGUGGUGGUGGAUGACCUGCUGCCCAUCAAGGACGGGAAGCUAGUGUUCGUGCACUCUGCCGAAGGCAAUGAGUUCUGGAGCGCCCUGCUUGAGAAGGCCUAUGCCAAGGUAAAUGGCAGCUACGAGUCCCUGUCAGGGGGCAGCACCUCGGAGGGCUUUGAGGACUUCACAGGCGGGGUCACCGAGUGGUACGAGUUGCGAAAGGCUCCCAGUGACCUCUACCAGAUCAUCCUCAAGGCGCUGGAGCGGGGCUCCCUGCUGGGCUGCUCCAUAGACAUCUCCAGCGUUCUAGACAUGGAGGCCAUCACCUUCAAGAAGCUGGUGAAGGGCCACGCCUACUCUGUGACCGGGGCCAAGCAGGUGAACUACCGAGGCCAGAUGGUGAACCUGAUCCGGAUGCGGAACCCCUGGGGCGAGGUGGAGUGGACGGGAGCCUGGAGUGACAGCUCCUCAGAGUGGAACAGCGUGGACCCAUAUGAACGGGAGCAGCUCCGGGUCAAGAUGGAGGACGGGGAGUUCUGGAUGUCAUUCCGAGACUUCAUGCGGGAGUUCACCCGCCUGGAGAUCUGCAACCUCACGCCCGACGCCCUUAAGAGCCGGACCAUCCGCAAAUGGAACACCACACUCUAUGAGGGCACGUGGCGGCGGGGGAGCACCGCGGGGGGCUGCCGGAACUACCCAGCCACCUUCUGGGUGAACCCCCAGUUCAAGAUCCGGCUGGAUGAGACGGAUGACCCAGACGACUACGGGGACCGCGAGUCAGGCUGCAGCUUCGUGCUCGCCCUUAUGCAGAAGCACCGCCGCCGCGAGCGCCGCUUCGGCCGCGACAUGGAGACUAUUGGCUUUGCAGUCUACGAGGUCCCUCCGGAGCUGGUGGGCCAGCCAGCCCUACACUUGAAGCGCGAUUUCUUCCUGGCCAAUGCGUCUCGGGCGCGCUCAGAGCAGUUCAUCAACCUUCGAGAGGUCAGCACCCGCUUCCGCCUGCCACCUGGGGAGUACGUGGUGGUGCCCUCCACCUUCGAACCCAACAAGGAGGGCGACUUCGUGCUGCGCUUCUUCUCGGAGAAGAGUGCUGGGACCGCGGAGCUGGAUGACCAGAUCCAGGCCAAUCUCCCCGAUGAGCAAGUGCUCUCAGAAGAGGAGAUUGAUGAGAACUUCAAGGCCCUCUUCAGGCAGCUGGCAGGGGAGGACAUGGAGAUCAGCGUGAAGGAGCUGCGGACAAUCCUCAACAGGAUCAUCAGCAAACACAAAGACCUGCGGACCAAGGGCUUCAGCCUAGAGUCGUGCCGCAGCAUGGUGAACCUCAUGGAUCGUGAUGGCAAUGGGAAGCUGGGCCUGGUGGAGUUCAACAUCCUGUGGAACCGUAUCCGGAAUUACCUAUCCAUCUUCCGGAAGUUUGACCUGGACAAAUCGGGCAGCAUGAGUGCCUAUGAGAUGCGGAUGGCCAUCGAGUCGGCAGGCUUCAAGCUGAACAAAAAGCUUUAUGAACUCAUCAUCACCCGCUACUCGGAGCCCGACCUGGCGGUCGACUUUGACAAUUUCGUGUGCUGCCUGGUGCGGCUAGAGACCAUGUUCCGAUUUUUCAAGACUCUGGACACAGAUCUGGAUGGAGUCGUGACGUUUGACUUGUUUAAGUGGUUGCAGCUGACCAUGUUUGCAUGAGGCAGGGACUCGGUCCCCCUUGCCGUGCUCCCCUCCCUCCUCGUCUGCCAAGCCAUGCCUCCUGCCACACCACACCAGGCCACGCCAGCUGCAAGUGCCUUCCUUGGAGCAGAGAGGCAGCCUCGUCCUCCUGUCCCCUCUCCUCCCAGCCACCAUCGUUCAUCUGCUCUGGGCGGAGCUGUGUGGCCCCUGCCUGCGCCAGCUAUGGGCUCGGGAUGGACUCCCUGGGCCCCUCCCAUUGCCAAGCCGGGAAGGCAGCUUUCGCUUGUUCCUGCCUCGGGACAGCCCCAGGUUUCCCCAGUAUCCUGAUGUGUCCCCUCUCCUUACUUCAGAGGCCACCCACUCAGCAGCACCGGCCUGGCCUUGCCUGCAGACUGUAAACUGUAACCACUAGCUCUACACGGUCUGCAGUCCAGGCGUGUGGAGCCGCCUCCUGGCUCGGGGAGGCCCCGGGGCUGGGAUCGCCUGUGCCUUCCUGUGCCAAAGUCAAUGCCCCCUCUGUCCCUCCCUGGCCCUGUUGCCGACCUGGAGCUGCCCAAUCUGUGGGCGGUUGGCCUUCCCUCCUUCGCUCCUUUUUUAUAUUAGUGAUUUUAAAGGGGACUCUUCAGGGACUUGUGUACUGGUUAUGGGGGUGCCAGAGGCACUAGGCUUGGAGUGGGGAGGUCCCAUGUUCCAUAUAGAGGAACCCCAAAUAAUAAAGGAAAAGGCCCCACAUCUGUCUGUGA